AUGUGCAAAUCGUCGCGGAGUAACUACGGCAGGAAAUCGUCCGCUGAGCUUCCUCACAUUCUCCUUGUCGACAGAGGAGGAUGCUACUUCACGGAGAAGGUGUGGAACGCUGAGCAGGCAGGAGCAUCCGCGGUUCUGAUCGCAGACGACCAGAACGAGAAUCUGAUCACCAUGGAUUCUCCCGACGAUGAUCCCGAGGCCAAGCAAGCCGGCGACCUCAUCAGCAACAUCACCAUCCCCUCGGCUCUCAUCCAGAAAUCCACCGCGAGCGCAAUCAAAUCCGCACUCAAGAAGAAACAGAUGGUCGUGGCGGCUCUUGAUUGGCAGGAGUCUCUGCCGCACCCUGACGCGCGGGUCGAGUACGAGUUCUGGACCAAUAGCAAUGAUGAAUGCGGGACCAAGUGCGACAUGCAGGCGAAGUUCCUGGAGGAAUUCCGGGGGUACGCGAUUAUCUUAGAGCAGCAGGGUUUCACGCUCUUUACCCCGCAUUAUAUGACCUGGUUCUGCCCGGAAACCCUAAAAGAAACGCGGCAGUGCAAGUUCCAGUGCGUGAACAACGGCCGGUACUGUUCCCCGGAUCCUGAGGGGGAUUUCGACAAGGGGUAUGACGGGCGGCAGGUGGUGAUAGAGAAUCUGCGGCAGCUGUGCGUGUGGCGCGUGGCGAAUGAGACGGGCGCGCCGUGGGUGUGGUGGGAGUAUGCGGCCGACUUCAAGAAACGGUGCCGCAUGGAAGACAAGCAGUACAACCAGGAGUGCGGCGAGAAGCUCAUGACCGGCCUGGGCGUCGAUCCGCAGAAGGUGCGCGCGUGCAUGGGCGAGCCCAACAGAAACGCAGCCAACCCCGUGAUGGAAGAAGAGCAGGAGGCUCAGGUGGGCAAGCGUGGGAGGAGCGAUGUUACCAUGUUACCAACCAUUGUGAUCAACAAUGUGCAGUACAGAGGAAAGCUGGAGGCCAAGGCAGUGCUCAAGGCUAUUUGUGCGGGCUUUGAAGAAUCCACAGAGCCUCCCAUCUGCCUCGGAGCCGAGGUGCAAACAAACGAGUGCCUCACCAACAACGGGGGCUGCUGGAAGGGGCACAACCUCACAGCCUGCAAGGACACGUUCCGAGGCAGGGUGUGUGAGUGUCCCAAGGACCCUGCCACGGGGGUCUAUCUUACCGGGGAUGGCUACACUAAGUGCGAGGCGGCGGGAGUGGGUCGGUGCCUGGUGGGCAACGGGGGAUGCUGGCAGUCCACCCACGAGGGAAAGACUUACACCGCCUGCCAUGACAGCUCCACCUCCCCCGCCACCACGUGUGUGUGUCCGCCGGGCUUCCUGGGCAAUGGGCAUCACUGCAAGGACAUCAACGAGUGUGCGCCCUCACACCCCGCCUGCAAGUGCCCCGACUGCAAGUGCCGCAACACGUUUGGGUCGUACGAGUGCACGUGUGUGGGCGAGGACAUGGUUUAUAUCGACCAGCUUCAGGCGUGCAUCAGCAGGGUAUCUGAGGGCUCAGCCCCAACUCGUACCAUCUGGGGUGGAGUGGUGGCCAUAGUGUUGGGCUUCAUCGCCGUUUUUGCAGUCCUGGGAUAUUUAAUGUACCAGUACCACCUUCGGACACAUGUUGAUUCUGAGAUUCGAGCCAUCAUGGCACAGUACAUGCCGUUGGAUGAAUCGGACGAGCUUCCAACGGACGUGAUCGGCGAGAGCCUUGUGCGGAUGCAACAGUCCAACAACUAA